AUGGCUCCUCCAGCAUCCAAAUGGUGGCAAGAGCCCAACGAUGCCGAUCUCGACUACGGAUUCGAUUCUGAUGAACUGGAUACUAGAUAUAACGAACCUGCUCAAAACACCUCCCACGAAAAUAAAAGCAAACCGAGAGAUACCCAGAAUACGGACGAUACAGGUGUGAUUGCGAGCAUGUCUUCUUGGCUCCAGCGCCAGGCUGGCUCGUCCCACGGACAGCUUGCGACAGCGGCUGUCGUAUCUGGCGCAGCUGUCGCAGGUGCUAUCUUUGGGUACCAGUCAUACAAGCGCAAGGAAGCUGUUCAUGACCUGAAGGCUUCAAUCCCAAGCAUAGAUGAUUUACAUACUGCGGAAAAGCUCACCGAUUUUGGUGCUGCCUCGAAUGGAGUACAGCUGAGCAAAGAAGAUGAGCGCAGUGCAGCUUUGGCUCGCAGAGCGCAACAGGGAGACUACGAUGACGACUUGAUUCUUGAACAGCUCGCCCGCAACCGUGUGUUCCUCGGCGAUGAAGGACUUGCCAAGCUUCGAUCGUCAUUCGUUGUCGUUGUCGGCUGUGGUGGUGUCGGUUCGCAUGCUGCUGCCUCACUGGCUAGAUCAGGCGUGUCCAAAAUCCGGCUCAUCGAUUUCGAUCAAGUCACACUAUCAUCGUUAAAUCGACACGCCCUUGCGACGUUGGCUGAUGUUGGCACACCGAAGGUCCAUUGCAUUCGGAGGCGAUUGGAACAAAUCGCACCAUGGGUCACCUUCGAUUGCCGGAAUGAGCUCUAUGGAAAGGCCGCGUCCGAUGAUCUCCUCGGCCGCUGGUCUCUGACACACGAUGGAGAGGGCCGUCGGCCAGAUUUUGUGUUGGAUUGUAUCGAUAACAUUACGUCCAAGGUAGAGUUGCUACACUACUGCCACUCGAACUCCUUGCCCGUGAUUUCGUCGAUGGGUGCAGGAUGCAAGUCGGACCCGACUCGAGUUGUGGUCGGCGACAUCUCGCUCAGCACCGAUGAUCCUUUGUCCCGCAGUACACGCCGUAGGCUCAAGCUUCUUGGUGUUUCGUCUGGCAUUGCAGCGGUGUUCUCGACAGAGAAACCGGGCCCGGGCAAGGCUACCCUACUUCCCCUCCCCGAGGAGGAAUUCACCAAGGGUCAAGUUGGUGAGCUUGGAGUUCUUCCUGACUUCCGAGCCCGCAUCCUCCCAGUACUGGGUACCAUGCCUGCAGUGUUUGGUUACACUGUAGCCAACCACGUUAUCUGCACUAUUACUGGCUACCCGCUUGACUACAACAUGGGUGCCAAGGGCCGCGAGAAACUCUAUGAUACCAUCUUGGCUGCUUUGCUAAGCUUGCAUGAAAGAAUGAUUAGACAAGUCACCGGUCAAGAUACCGUGGGCCUUCGCGCCCCACUCAGCAAGGAUGAUAUUGCAUUCGUUGUGGAGGAAGUAUACCGGGGAAAGAGUGCAAUCAGUGGCUUGUCUAACAGACUGGCUCUCAUUCCCUGGCAAACUCCUGCUCACGGAUGGAAUAUGGAUCUGACCCUUGAGAAAGAGGGACAAAAGACCAUCCCGAUGGACAUCAAUGAAAUGGUUUGCAUGACUAAGGAGGAAGCGCUCCGACACGAGAAUGAGGUGCUCAAGGGUGGCAAGAAGGUGGAAGAGGUAUAUGAUAAGACUGUUCUCCAGCGUGUAAACCUGCGCAGACGGGAAGCAGAGGAAUAUGAUCAGUACCGAGGAUAG